CCUUUCCGAUUGGUGAGGAGGUGGUGGGCCCCAGCCCCCCGUCUGGGCCAGGCCGGGCCGGGCCCCUUCCCCCCUGCCGUCUGCGGCACCCCCCCAUCGGCUCCAGUCUGGCCGGGACGAGCCCCAGCAGCUGCCGGGCGGGAAGACGGCGGGGGUGGGGGGCGGGGAGGGGACUGCCAAGCCCUGGCCGGAGCAGGGCUGGCCGCAGCUGUGAAGAUCUUAUAAUCAAAUCCCCUCCCCACAGCGCGGGUGAGACCUGAGACCGCUGCAGCCCGCGCAGAAAACCAAAGACCAGUCGUGAGGCCUAUCCUGACACAAGCCAGCCGAAGCUUCCCGCCACAAGUUAUCAGGGGGUCAGCAAGCAUGAAGCCAUCCAUAACAAACCCAUCAAACAGUGGAGCUGGCAGCUGCUGGAGGUGGAGAAGACAAAGGCUGCGGUCUAUGUCCUCAGGAGUCCAAAUGGAACAUCUGACCAGGGUUUCUCAGGACCAGGAGGAAGCAGAGCCAAGUGACUGCAAAAGAGGGGUCAUUCUUCUACAUGCAUCUGUGUGAACAUUUCCUGAAUCACACAACACCAGAGAAUAACAGCAGCGUGACCUCACCAAUGAGAAACAUCCAAGGAAAUGAGGCCAUCGUAACGAUACUUGGUGUACUUGGGCACUGCUCACUCCCUGGGACUAAAAGAGAUGUAAACUGUGUUACCACCCACCUCUCACAACUACAGCAGAGUCUCCUGCCUGAGUUUCCUGCCUGAGUGGGUCAGAGAACCACAAGAAGUGAGUGUUGGGAACCUGAAGGAAACUGUGCAUGAAGACCAAUAAGGCUACGUGUGGGGAGAGCGGCUAAUUUCAUCACAAUAUCAGCCUCCAGGUCCAGCUUUAUGCACUUGUGCUCAGCCUUCUCUAACCAGCAGAGCUAGAUUUGGGGUUUUUAAGCCUUUUUUUCCUUUCUCUUCUCAGAACUGAGCUCUUCCAAAACAGAAUCCCACUGUUUGUGUUGGAUGCAUCUCCUUUAUGAAGCGAGACAGGCUGUAGCAAAAUGUAUUAGACUGCAACACAGAGGGGGUUAUUCCUUGCUAGAUUUGAGUUCAUAUAACCAAACAAGAGCUGAAAGGCAGUAGCAUUAUCUGCAGCUUAAUAACAGCCACCUGAACCCCGGAAUCACUAACCACAUGAGGCUCUCAGGGAAAUAAAGGCUCAUUGCCCAUCCCUGUCACAGCUAUGACAAGCCAAGGUGUCUUAAACCACUGGGUUGUCCAUCAUUGACUAUUUGCAGUAUCUCAUUUUGGAGCUUGUGACCAAGGGCAGUGAGCAGUCUGAUCUGACUGAAACUUACUGCUGGCACCAAAAGUCCCAGCAGAAGUACAUUGGCCUCUAUAGUGAGGAGCUGGAUCUGCUGGAGUUGGCCCCUGUGAUGAGUGUGUGACAAGGAGGAAGAUUCUGCAGAUAAAUCUCCUGGUGAUCUUGAGUUCCUAACUUGCUAGUGCUCAGCCUCCUCAUGCCUCCAUCUCCUUUAGACGACAGGGUAGUAGUGGCACUUUCGAGGCCAGUGAGACCUCAGGAUCUCAACCUGUGUUUAGACUCUAGCUUCCUUGAAUCUGCCUCUUCUGCUGGUGAGAGCCACUCCGGUCUCCUCGGUGCACCUGUCGUGUCCCUAAAGGCUGCUAAUCUGACGUAUAUGCCCUCAUCCAACGGCUCUGCACGCUCCCUGAGUUGUGGAUGCAGCAGUGCCAGUUGCUGCACUGUGGCAACAUACGACAAGGACACUCAGGCCCAAACUCCAGCGAGCACCAGCAGCACCCACACCGGAACCUCCCCCACCUGCCCUGCCAACCAAAUGGUCAACAGCAAUGAGAAUGCUGGCAGUCUGAGCCCACUGGGUGGAGGGGGGAGCCCUGUCUCGGGCAGCGCCAAGCAACUUGCCAGCAUCAAAAUCAUUUACCCCAAUGAUCUGGCCAAGAAGAUGACCAAAUGCAGCAAGAGCCACCAACAGAACCAAGGGCCUGUCAUCAUUGACUGCAGGCCCUUCAUGGAGUAUAAUAAGAGCCACAUUCAAGGGGCUGUCCACAUUAACUGUUCUGACAAGAUCAGCCGGAGAAGGCUCCAGCAGGGCAAGAUCACAGUCUUGGACUUGAUCUCUUGCCGGGAAGGCAAGGACUCUUUCAAGAGAAUCUUCUCCAAAGAAAUUGUAGUUUAUGAUGAGAAUACCAAUGAGCCAAGCAGGGUGAUGCCUUCCCAGCCACUCCACAUAGUGCUGGAGUCACUCAAGCGAGAAGGCAAGGAGCCCCUAGUCCUAAAAGGAGGACUCAGUGGUUUCAAGCAGAACCACGAAAACCUCUGCGACAACUCUCUCCAGCUGCAAGAGUGCCCCGAGGGGGGAGGAGGGGGUGGUGCCUCCGCUGUGCCCCCCGUGCUACCUCAGUCCAUCCCUACCACGCCAGACAUUGAGAACGCUGAGCUCACUCCCAUCCUGCCCUUCCUCUUCCUCGGAAAUGAACAUGAUGCUCAGGACUUUGAGAAAAUGCAGAGGAUGAACAUCGGCUAUGUCAUCAAUGUGACCACUCACCUGCCCCUGUACCAUUACGAGAAAGGCAUGUUCAACUACAAGCGGCUCCCGGCCACUGACAGCAACAAGCAGAAUCUCAGGCAGUAUUUUGAAGAGGCUUUUGAAUUCAUUGAGGAAGCUCAUCAGUGUGGAAAAGGUCUCCUCAUCCACUGCCAGGCCGGCGUCUCCCGAUCUGCCACCAUUGUUAUCGCAUACCUAAUGAAGCACACGCGCAUGACCAUGACGGAUGCCUAUAAAUUUGUCAAAGGAAAACGACCAAUCAUUUCCCCCAACCUUAACUUUAUGGGGCAGUUACUGGAGUUCGAAGAAGAUCUGAACAAUGGAGUCACCCCGCGAAUCCUCACACCAAAGCUGAUCGGUGUCGAGACUGUUGUGUGACGGCCACGCUGUGAGGGGGCAGAACCUGUUCUUCACCUGAUUUGGGGCAGUGAUGGGUGGGUUGUGGGGUUUUCUUUUUAGCUUUCAAAGGGGAGUUUUGUGGCAAACUUUUUGUGAAUAAAACCUUUUUUUGUAAGGAAAGGUUUUUAAAAGAUCCAAGAACUUUGCUGGGUUUGGGAUGCUGUUGUGAUUUCCUUCUCAGACACUGGCAGAGCAGGGAGGCUUCAGGGCAAAAGGAGUACUUUUUAAAAUAAAAACAAUAAGAAGAAAUGUUGGGCUUUUUUUCUUUUAAUUUUUAUUUUUCCCUCCUCUCUGGCUACUUGUAGAGUUUAUGGCUAAGUAGUCUGUGCAGGUUCAUAGACUGAAGAAACCUCAGUUGAAAAUGAAACACAAAUAGCCAAAACAAAGCAGAAAAAACCUCCCUGAAACAGAAGGGCCUUUGUUCUGCAAAGGCUUGCUAAAGAGAACCUAGCAAAAUGCUCACCAACGCAAAGAAAAUCAGAGCAGCUUAAAAGUCUGCAAGGCACUUUUCACACUCCAGCCUCAAACUAAAGAAGAAAACAAAGUUUAUUUGGUGUGUUUCAUGUUCCUGUUCUAUUUUUCUAGUUUGGGGUGUUAGGUUUUAACAGUAAGGGACUUCGAUCAUUCUAUGCCAUAUGCCUUCACUGGCUUCUUGUGCAAUAAUAAUUUUGAGCUUGUUUUGAGUGUUCAAACCAAUUAAGAGUUGGCUGCCCACUAAUAAUAACAUAAUAGUUUUUAAAGUCUAAUAGUGCAACAGCAGCCAGCUUGGUUCAGAAAGGAUAAAUGAGAGCAAUUAUUUUGAUCCUUUAUAUGAUUUUGAUCCUAGUUACAGUGCUAUAAGCCUUGUUACAUAUGUAUAUCAGAAUGUACAAAAAUCUAGAACAAGCAAAGUUUAUUUAAAAAUAUUUUUCACACAAAAUAUUGGUGUGUUUCAGUUGUCUAUGUAAAAGAAAUUUGAUUAUAAAACAAAAAAUCUUUUGGAAA